UUGCUCCGCGAGCCGCAUUAGCAUUUCUUCCCCCAAAUCCCCUCCAGUUGGUCUCCACAACACCGCGAGUGAGAAGCAAACAUGGCAUGAAUGAGACGACUUCUCACCACCGCUCUUCCCUGCCUUGUCUCGAGCCUAAGCCCGUGUGACCAUGGACGUCAGCAGCAGCCGCAGCAGCAGCGUGGAGAGCCGAGGAGACGAAGCACAAAGCGGCUGGCAGAGCAGCUAACCUGCCGCACGGUUCACCAUCUUCGGCUGUGUUUUGCGUUAAAAAGCGUCGAGAGGCUGCUUCCUUCUUGUUACAAAGACUCUGUGUUCGUUAGAUAUACCGGAUAUUGAGAGGAAUCAUCGCCGGCUGGUGAACGAAGGGUACAAUGAGUGAACAGAGCAUCUGCCAGGCGCGAGCCUCUGUCAUGGUCUAUGAUGACGCCAGCAAGAAGUGGGUGCCCAUCAAGCCCGGGCAGCAGGGCUUCAGUCGCAUCAACAUCUACCACAACACUGCCAACAACACCUUCAGAGUGGUGGGCGUCAAACUGCAGGACCAGCAGGUGGUGAUCAACUACUCCAUAGUGAAGGGACUGAAGUACAAUCAGGCCACCCCGACCUUCCACCAGUGGCGUGAUGCUCGCCAGGUCUAUGGGUUGAACUUUGCCAGUAAGGAGGAGGCGACAACCUUCUCUAAUGCCAUGUUGUUUGCCCUGAACGUCCUCAGCUCACCUGACAGUGGAGGUCCAGUUGUCCAGCGCCAAAAUGGCCCGUCCUCAGAGGAGAGCGAAGCCCAGAGGAGGAUGAUGGAGCAGCAUCAGAUGCAGGUUCACAAGGAGAGAGAGCGGCGGACGUCAGGAUCAGUCGUUUCCACACUCCAAUAUAAAGUGUCCACCCCUCCCACCCACCCAGACACUCCACCUGAGUACAGACAGUACCGAGCUAGCACACUGCCCCCCUCCUACGUCCGCGUGGCCUCCUCCUCAUCCCCUCCCUCCUCCUCUUCCUCACCCUCGCAAGAGAAAGAGGCAGGGGCUGGCCGGGACAAGGCCCAGCUCUCCUCCCAGCUCUCCACCUCUCUGGCCUCAGCUUUCUCCCCAGUGCAGUCAGGAGUGACCACUCAGGGCCGCCAGAUCCGUCAGAUCCCCCUCUCACCCCCCACCGCCGCCCGCCACCUUCACCACCAGCACCAGCAGGACAUGCUCCCCCCCAAACACGGCACCUGGUCGGCCUCUCAGUUGCAGCAAAUGUACGCCCAGAUGCCCCCCUCCUCGUCCCCUCCGGUUAUGAUGGCCAUGCCCGUCAGGCAGGGGAUGCCCCCCCAGCCUGUCCUGCCGGUAGCUCACCCCCUCCCGCCGGUCAACCCGAGGAUGAAACCCCCACCGCUUGACCCCACUGCCGUAGCCAGCUCUCACCAGUACUCGCACCACCAGCCCCACCCUCACUCCAACGGCCAGUCAGACGACUCCUACACGCCUCACUCUCACCACCUCCCGCACACCCCCCAGUACUGCGAGCCCAUUCCUCUACCCCCGCUGGUCAGUCAGCCACCCCCCAACUCUCAGAGCCCAUCCACCUUCCACCCACAGCAGCAACAUCAGCAGCAGGUGUACCACCAGCAGGCCCAGUCUCACACCAACACCACCUCACCCCCCUCUUACACUGCCGUGUCUGACGGGGGCUCGCCCAAGAAGACCCCCUCCCCUGUCCCCCAGCAGGGCCCCAUGGUCAACAGCAUUGCAGCCCCAGCUCCUAUGGCUGGUCCUCCUGCUCCGCCGCCGCCUCCGGGUCCACCGCCGCCAAUGGCAGUCCCCCCACCCAUGCCGCCGCCACUCCCUGCAGGCGGGGGCCCUCCCGGAGGACCGCCGGGCCUCCAGCAACAACCCUCCGGCCUGGCCGCCGCACUGGCUGGAGCGAAGCUACGUAAAGUUCAUAGGGAUGAGAGCAGUCCGCCAGGCUCCAGCGGUAAGAGUGAUUCCAACAGGUCAAGCGGCGGCAGCGCUGGUGGUGGGGAGGGUCUGAUGCAGGAGAUGAAUGCCUUACUAGCUCGCAGACGGAAAGCUUCAGAGAAACCUGAUGAGGAUGACUCCAGCGGUCGGGGACCGGGUCAGAACUCGACAGAUGCUCUGAAGAAACCGUGGGAGAGGUCCAACUCUGCUGACAAGUCCUCGCUGGUCUCCAGAGUGCGACCUGUGGGCAGCAAUAGUGAAGCAGACACCGAGUUCGACAGAAUGAAACAGGAAAUUUUGGAUGAAGUUGUUCGUGAGUUGCAUAAGGUGAAAGAUGAGAUCAUCAACGCCAUCAGACAUGAAAUCGGCAGAAUCAGCACAUCUUAAUGUCAUCGGAGCAACAUUUGGAGGAGAGCUGGAGGUGGAUGGACAGGCAGAUGCACAGACACGAGGACCGAGGAAUGUUCUCUCAAUGUUUCUGUGACCCGACGUUGCAAUGACACACCGUUGCAGAGAUGUUGUGCCAACAUUUGAGUCUGCUGGACAGCGAUUAAAAAAAAAAAAAAAGAGAGAGAGAGAGCAAAAGAAUGACAAGAGCGGGAGAAGAGGAAGUGAAACCUUGAGGACAAAGGAACAAAACGGAGGAGGAAGUCUACCUAAGUGGAGGGAGGAGUUGGGUGUCGUGGUCCUCUCUGUGCACCUACAGACUCAGUCAGCCCGGUGUUGCAAUUCUCUGUUCUCUGUUCAGUCUUAAGAAGAAAAUAUUUUUGUUUUCUAAGUUUUUACUGUUUUAUUAUUUAAAUCUGUGGUGACAUUGACAAUGCUGUGGAUGACGAGUAUUUUAUGGAUAUACGAGAAGGAGAAAGGAAUCUUGCACACCAUUUUCGUCAGCCUUUUCUAUUUUCUAAUCUCUGAUUUACCCCCCCAUUUGAUGCGAAGAAGCACAAACACCUGCGCCCUCUGCUGGCUUUUUCAAGCGGCUUUUUAUGAACCGCCGUCUCGCGUCAGGCUAAGCCUUCUCCUCGAGACGGUGCAAAACCCAGAAAAGGCCCGAGACCAUUGUUUACUUGGGGAUCGUUCACCAAACAGGCCCGGAAGUGUAAAUGUGCCACCAGCUUUUGCUUAGACUCACAGCGUCGUAGUGAUAUCUCGUAGUAACCCUUAUGCUUUGUGACCCCGCCCCUACCCCCCCUCCAGGUAUGCAUGAAACCCUCAUCCCGUUACGCUUUUCAUUUGAUUUGAGGAAAAACAAACGGUGGUACAUUUAUUAUCGUGCUUUGUUUCCAUGAAGAAUCCCCCUCUCUCCGUGUAUACGAUGUUGAUAAUGGUAGCAAAAUGUGGAAUAUACAAAUAAAAGGGUUUCUCACCGGCGAUAUGCAAACCUUGUUGUGGAGCGAUGGACGCAGAUUUGGCUGCUCAUUCCUACUGUAGUGUCUCUGGUGUUUGGAAACAACUAUUACAAAAGACAUUUUCUGAUAUGCUGAUGACCAGUUGUUUAAUAAAUCGACCCUGUUGGCUGAA